CAACCGCGGCGCGACGGUGGCGCGCGCGCUGGCUGGGCGCGGACCGGGCGGGGCCGGGCGGCGCCGGUGCAGGCUGAGGCUGAGGUUGAGGCUGAGGCGGCGGUGGAGGAGAGAGGGGCCCGUGGGGACGGUGUUGGCGUGCCCGAUUUCCGUCCGUCUCGCCGCACGAUUCUUCGACGCGGUUUCGGGCCCAACGGGUCUAGCCCCUGGCCAUGGACUCCCAGAAAGAAGCUCUACAAAGGAUCAUUUCAACCCUGGCAAAUAAAAAUGAUGAAAUUCAGAACUUUAUUGAUACACUAAAUCAAACACUAAAGGGAGUUCAGGAAAAUUCUUCUAACGUACUUUCAGAAUUAGAUGAAGAAUUUGAUAGUUUAUAUUCUAUUUUGGAUGAGGUGAAAGAAAGUAUGAUUAACAGUAUCAAACAGGAACAAGCUCGUAAAUCACAAGAGUUACAGAGUCAGCUCAGUCAAUGUAAUAAUGCCUUGGAGAACUCAGAAGAACUAUUAGAAUUUGCAACACGGUCAUUAGAUAUAAAGGAACCUGAAGAAUUUUCAAAGGCUGCCAGACAGAUCAAGGAUAGAGUGACAAUGGCUUCAGCCUUCCGCCUUUCUUUGAAACCAAAGGUCAGUGACAACAUGACUCAUUUAAUGGUGGAUUUUUCUCAGGAAAGACAGAUGCUGCGAACUUUGAAGUUUUUGCCAGUUCCUAAAGCUCCAGAGAUAGAUCCAGUAGAGUGUUUGGUGGCCGACAAUUCUGUAACAGUAGCUUGGAGAAUGCCAGAAGAAGAUAAUAAGAUUGAUCAUUUUAUACUGGAACAUCGGAAAACUAAUUUUGAUGGACUUCCACGUGUAAAGGAUGAGCGAUGCUGGGAAAUAAUUGAUAAUAUUAAGGGUACUGAGUAUACACUAUCAGGCUUGAAGUUUGAUUCAAAGUAUAUGAAUUUCAGAGUACGAGCUUGUAACAAAGCUGUCGCUGGAGAGUAUUCUGAUCCAGUGACUCUAGAGACCAAAGCACUAAACUUCAGUUUGGAUAACUCAUCAUCCCAUUUGAACCUGAGAGUUGAAGAUACCUGUGUAGAGUGGGAUCCUACUGGAGGAAAAGGUCAAGAAAAUAAAAUGAAAGGGAAAGAGAAUAAGGGCAGUGUCCAUGUUACUUCACUGAAGAAACAUACAAGAAGUGGCACACCAUCCCCCAAACGGACAUCCGUAGGCUCCAGGCCACCAGCAGUAAGAGGCAGCAGAGAUCGUUUUACUGGGGAAUCAUACACAGUGCUGGGAGACACUGCUAUUGAAAGUGGACAACAUUAUUGGGAGGUCAAGGCCCAGAAGGAUUGUAAAUCCUACAGUGUGGGAGUAGCAUACAAGACUUUGGGGAAAUUUGACCAGUUAGGAAAGACAAACAGUAGUUGGUGUAUCCAUGUCAACAACUGGCUACAGAACACAUUUGCAGCAAAGCAUAACAAUAAAGUCAAAGCCUUGGAUGUUACUGUUCCUGAGAGAAUAGGUGUAUUUUGUGACUUUGAUGGGGGUCAACUUUCUUUCUAUGAUGCAAGCUCAAAACAGUUGUUGUAUUCCUUUAAGACGAAAUUUACUCAGCCAGUACUACCUGGCUUCAUGGUUUGGUGUGGUGGACUUUCUUUGAAUACUGGGAUGCAGGUUCCAAGUGCUGUGAGAACACUUCAGAAAACUGAAAAUGGAAUGACUGGUUCAGCUAGCAGCCUAAACAAUAUUACGCAGUAAUGCUUACUCAGAAUAUGCUUACCCCCCUUCUGAUUGGGUGGCCUUUUCUGUGCAGUUGCUAAUCACAGAAAUUUAUGAGUGGUGGACAUCAGGUUUGCUACGCUCUGCUUUAAGGCGUGGAAUGUGUUACCAUUAAGCAUCUAAUGCAAAGUACUCACAGGAGCCUACUGUGCAGUAUCUUCAAGCAAGCAGACCCAAGCAAGAAACUGAUGCUUUGAAGAAUAAAUGGGAAGAAAGGCAGUGUUUAAAUAAUUAUAUAGAAACUCAUUUUUGUGUUUCUUGGAUUACUUUGGCCCUUCUAAUAUGUUUAGUUACAUAUUGUAGCCCUAGGACCUGAGAGGAAAGCAUUUAAAGCUUGUCCUCUUUCCUCUACACUUUUUCUUUAUCUCAUCACUACCUAUUACUACAUUCUUACACCAAAGCUUUAUCAAAAAUACAGUCUUAAAAGGUUUUCUAAAAAUUGAAAUAAUUGGUUGGGGAUACUAGAAAGGUUUUCUUACAAUGGUUUAUUUUUCUCCUUUUGUAAGUAAGUUGAGUUUUGCUAAAUUAUCCUCUUUUGUUUACUGACUAGAUUGUAUAUCAUUUUCUCUUUUUCCAAAUACUGUGAUAUUUCUCUUAUGGUUAAAACUCAAAAUAGAGUGGAUAGGAAGAGUUUCUAGACAUAGUAGCUUAAAAUCACUGAUACUUUAGUUUUUAACCUGCUGCACUAACAGUGGCAAAGGGGGAUAUGCUUUAUAUGUUGCCUUGUUUAGUUAGACUUCUUUUCAUUCCAUCAUUUUGGAUGAUGGAUAAGAUUUUUAAAAGCUUUCUAUUCUCUGAUUUUGUUGUCUAGUUUAAUACUACAUUUAAUAGUUAUCUUGGUAAAAUUCCCACUUGAAUUUGGUAAUAAUUGAUAAUUAUACUGAUUUUUAAUAUUUCAAGCAGGAAUGAAAUUUUGUUAAAGUUACAUAUGAGGUCAAAAAACCUACACCAUUUAAGUUUUAUCUCAGAAGGAUAGGUUAUAAAGGGAGGUGCCUGAAACUAUACCGAAGUCAUUUAUGUCUCCUUUUUAAUAAGAUUUGGAAUGGUUUAAGGAAGUGUUUUGAAAAAUUCCUAUGUAUGUAAAUUCCUAUUUAUGCCACAUAAAUUUUUCAAAUGUAACUAUUAAGAGGUUUUUUUCUUUUAAUCCUUUUGCAGCAUUCAUUUAUUUUCUAAAAGGGUAUAAUUCUUCCAAAAAUCAUCAUAGAAGAAUUUUUCCCAAACUUAGGGAAAGUGUCUUAAACAAUGAGUAAAACCCAUGCAUGGUUAUUGGGCAGAACAUACCUAUUUUUUUAAAAGUUGGUUAAAAUUUGUAAUACAAGUUCUUUGAGCCAAACUGAAAGUUGUGAUUACAGUAUUUAAGGAUCCCUUGAGCAUUCUAAUGUUGACUUUCUUUCAUUCUCAUUUUAAGUGUAUUGUGUUAAGACAACCUUCUCCCAAAAAGUGACUGUUGCUGCUUAUAGCUGAGUUACCUUUUACAGAAAGGCCUGUGGAAAAGGGAUAGCUCAUUCCCUCUUAAAGUUUACUGCUUACUGAUAGGAUGUUUUGUUCAUUGGUAAAACAAACCUAAGCGAGAAAUUUUAUUUGAACUUGGUAUUCUUUUCUCAGAAGACAUUUAUAUCUGUCCACCAUUGUCUCAUGAUAUAUUGGUAGUUUUUAAGAGAGUUUUAAAGGUAGUUUUAUAAGGCAGUUGAAAGAAUGAAAUAUGUCAAUAGAUACCCUUUUGAUUCUCCAAACAAGUAGAAUUUUAGUUUUUUUUCUUCCUAGAUAUUUUGAAGAAAAAUUUUGGGUGUUCUCUUCCCUGCAGUGGGAUUAUUCAAGGACUUAAGGAAACAGGAAGUUAUAAUUCUCUUUCAUAGAGUCAAAUCUGAAAGCAGUAAUUUAGUGGUGGAGCUGCUUUAAUGUGAACAGUGUUACACAUGUAUAUUUUAGCAAAAAUAACACAGAAAAAGCCAGAAGUUCUCGUAUAAAAUUUUUUACUGUUAUGUCUUACGUAAUUGUCUUCUCUUUAAUUCAGUGCCUUCUUCCUCUAGUAUGUUCUUGUUCAUGCCCCAUGCAGUAUCAACUGACGUUUGAGCCAGAGACCAUUAUGUUAUUAUACUGGUGAGGGCCUUCUAUUGCAGGGAUGUGGAGAAGAGGAGAUAAUAAUCAGGGGCUGGAGGAGUGCAUAUGAAUCUUUAAUGUGCUCAUGCCAUCAUUUGAAACCCUUCAUAUAAACUUUUCUAAUACUCAUUUGGAAAAUUCAUUUGAAGUAGUAACAAUUAUUACUUCAAAAUAAGAAUCUGAGGUAUUCCUCUUACUGUGCUUCUUAAAGGUCUCUAGAUAUAAAGAACAAAACGUGGAGGGUUUUGAGUUUGUAUGUGUUAAGUUAAACUGGAAGAGUUUGCCACCCUCAUUUUCAAACUAGAAAAUAAUCAACAAUAGUGCCUAUUUAAAUAGUCUCACAUUAAGGUAACUAUUAACUUGAGGAUAAUAUAUAACAUUCUCAUUGUUAUUUGAAUUAAAAAAUAUUGAGCCUUUGUGCUCAAUUUAAUGCAUUAUGGGAAGAGAGUAUACCCUUUCAGACAUUCUUUGUUAGUUUACUUAUUACUAUUUGUUUUGGUCGGUCAAACAUGAUUGCUUUCUGUAAAAGAAAUGCAUGAGAGGUUGACAGUAAUGGGUGUAUUACAGGUAUAAAAAAGUUGUCAUAUAAAAAGAUGCAUUUAGUAUUUCUUUUAGCAGUUGAAUCCCAAAUCAGUCUUAGUAAACUGAAUAAAGAAAUGAAGGAAUUGCCUUAAGCACUUUAGAAAAGAUUUUUUUUAGAAUUCAUUUUGACUAUUUGGGCUUACCAUGUCACAUAUGUCUUUAACUUUUGGUAAAUAUGUAUAUAUCAAACAUUUGAUAACUGAGAGCACAUAGAAAUUUAAUAUACAGUGAUUCUUUGAAGGUUUUGGGUGUAGAUAAACAAAAUGAAGGUAUUAGAGGUGUGCCUGUCUGUACAUGGGUUUUAUUGAUGGCGUCUGGUAAUGUCGACAAACCGUUAACUGCCACUAUACAGCUAGACUUGGCCUACUUUGUUCUGCAAACAGUAGUUUUUUCCCUGUAUUAUCUUUUAAAGAAAUAUAUGGCUUGGUUUUAUUUGCUCAUUUAUUAAAGUAUGAACAGUAUCAUGUAUAAUUGGAAUUUUUUGUGACUGAUCACAAAAAAAAGUAUUUACAAAUAAAGUAAAUAAUUUGUAAUGAAAGAGUUUAAUAAGGCUAACAUACUCCAUUUCAUGACUACCUAUACUUCUAAAAUUAGAGUUAUUUAUUUUUGUUUCUUUUGAAAACAUGGAAGAAAAUUGGAAAAGGAUAUAUACGGAAAAUUAUUAUUUCAGAGAGUAUUCUGGAAGAGGACACUGUAGACUUCUUACUAUAAAAUAUUGUGGUUCCAAGCUAAAUAUACUAAGGACUGUAUUUUCAAGUCCUCAUAAUUCUUUUUAUUUUAAAAAUCUUUUAUCAUUCUUUUUUUAAAACCUGUGUUUAUUAGAUCAGUGUCCAUUCAUCAGCUAAUUCAUACAACAGAUAUUUAAGUGUCUGUGAUAUAGCAUCGAUGCUUUGUAUUUAGAGUUCCGUAAUUAGUGAAGUUUGAUUUACUGUGCAUAUAGUUUUACUACUUUUGAGGAAUGUGACAAAGUUUGUAUCUUAAAAACAACGUUUUGUUAAUAAGUCAAAUUCUAAAAAGUAAAUUUGUUACGGUUUAUAAAAAAUUCAAAUUAACUGCUUAUAAUAUGGUUCACUUUAUAUAGUCACAAAAAAUGGGUCUAGAAAACUUUCUUCCCUGAUUUUAUUUUAAGCUGGAUAUAUUCUUUUACAGAAAUGUGUAGUCAGCAUAAAUUUACUCAACACCUGAGUAACCAUAAAGUUAUUUGCUAUUUUUAACCAAAAUGUACAUUUCAUAAUGCUGGUACUGGAACGUUAUAAUAAGAUCAUGAAUGUUUCCUUUAUCAUUACAGAAUGAUCACCACAUGUUCAGUAUAGUUUUAGUUUUGUGUGUAUCUUACAGUAUUCAUAUUAUACAAAUAUUUGUGACCUGAUAUGCUUUGUUACCUGGAAUAUUUGAUUAAUGUAAAUACAUAAGGCUUUUUGAGUAAUUUGGAGUUUAAAUGGAUUGCAUUUGGUAUAUGUUGUUUUUACUGAAAAGACAUUGUUGGACUUGCCAUAUAAAGGUUAGUACUGGCUUAGAAAUAAAUAAUUGAGAUUUCCAGGGUACUUUUCUCCUCAGACUACCUAAUUACUAAAUUAAAACAGUAUUUGUUAUUUCUAAGUCAA